ACGUGUCUGUGCGCUUUCUCGAAGAUUUAGAAUAAACUCGUAGACCGCUUCCGAUGCAACAUCCGACGCCCGCCCAUCCGCCAUUCCGUUCCGUCACAUGCAGUUCUUACCCAAUCCUUUCAAAAUACGCAAUCCCUAGUGCGUGAUAGUGAAUAGACCAGAAACCGUGCUGUGGCGGAGCCACGACUUGGAGCCUUGAAAAGUCCGAUAUAAAAUAGUACUUUGAGCGACAAUAGACUCUCGUUCACGCCCGUAUUGCACAUUCCGACAACCGCAUCUUGUCUACACAGCCUGAUCCAACCAUGAGCCCUCACAAGAUCAACAUGCUACCCAGCCCAGCAGCGCUACCAUCGUACGGCAUAUCUGAGAAUGGUUUCUUGCCAGCAGAAUAUCCUCUACGACGAUUACCGCAUGCUUGCUAUCAACCAUGGGAGAAUGUCAUCAAGCAGAUUUCGACGCUCAUCGACUUGCAGCAGAUACGACAAGUUGUUGAUGAGAUGCCUCUUUUGGGCACGCAGUUUUUGGAAAGCGAAGCAGAAUGGCAGAGGGCAUAUUUGAUCCUGGCAGUCAUCGCGCAAGGAUACAUUUGGGCCGGCCCAGAGCCCUCAGAAGUGAGUAUGGCCUGGAUCGUUCCGCGGAAAUCGACGGCUGACGUUCGAGUCCAGCGCCUUCCUCCGCAACUCGCGGUGCCAUUCAUCCAGACGGCAGACCAUCUCGAGGUUCACCCGGUCGCGACUUACGCCGCGCUGAAUCUUUGGAAUUGGAGACCUCUGAGAUCGGGCGUCGACUUGACACAGCCGGAUGAAAUGGUCGCGUUGCAUACAGCUACUGGCACAGAGGAUGAGUCGUGGUUCUUCGCCGUAUCGAAUGCGAUGGAAGCCAGAGCUGGACCGUUGAUCCAGACAAUGCUUGCCGCUAUGGAAGCAGUUGAGAUGGACGAUGUGCCCAGCAUCAUUUACAGCUUGGAAUACUUCCGACAGAGCAUGAUCGACAUCGGAAUUCUCCUGGAGCGCAUGGACGAACGCUGCAAUCCACAGGUGUUUUACCACACCAUUCGACCGUUCCUAGCCGGAAGCAUGAAUAUGGAGUCCGCAGGUCUGCCAAGUGGUGUCUUCUACGAUGAGGGCGAUGGCAAGGGAUCAUGGCGGAAAUAUCGCGGUGGCAGUAACGGUCAAAGCUCGCUGCUUCAAUUCUUUGACGCAGUCCUUUCAGUCGACCACUCGCGCUGUAAUGGCUUUCAUGCCGAGAUGAGGCGAUACAUGCCUGGACCACAUGCCAGAUUCUUGGAUGACAUCGAAGCCAUCGCCAACAUCCGAUCGUAUGUCGACCAGCAUCAAGGCAACAAGGAGCUCUUGACAGCAUUCAAUGAUGCUGUGUCCGCUUUGAGUCAUUUCCGUGACAAGCACAUCGCACUCGUCACCAGAUAUAUCAUUAUCCCAAGUCGCUCACCGAAGCCUGCGAACGGCGUGAACCGGAGGGACAUUGCUUCAGCUUCGACAAAGCUGGCAUCAGAAAAGCCUCAGACGCACGAUCUUGUUGGAACAGGUGGCACCAAGCUCAUUCCGUUUUUACGUACAUCCCGAGAUGAAACGAGCGAGGCUGCAGUCGCGCGACGGAAGAAGAUUUGAUAAGCUUGGUUUGCCUAGGGAUAUCACGAACUAGACAUAGAAGACCGAACUUGGGUCUAACAGUUAUGGAAGAAUCCACCACUGGUUUGCUGGUCAUAGAUGGGAAAGAGCGGGAUGUCGGCGACAGAAGGACCGUUAAGGGUGUGAGUUCCAGGCUGGAGGAAAUCUUGCAAGCCCUGGUCGUUCUCAGUGAUCCAUGGAAGGGCGAAGAAAUCGGCGUCGUAGAUGGUCCAGUCGGCCGACGCCGUGCUGUUUGUACCAUCGGGAGGCAAAGUGGUCGGUGGCACCUGCCCAAGAGGCGGCGAGGAAAAGCGCUCGGAAGCGGGUGCGGAUAUGCUUGUAUCGGAAGUGUUUGAUAUCAUCCCAAAUAAUUGUGAAGAUGCUUGCUUCCGUUGCGAGCGUAGAUGGAGCUCUCUCUUCUUGACAUGUGCCACAGUUGUCUUGAGCAAAGCUUGGACGAUUAAGGAAUAUUGUCGCGCGUGAGGGUCUACUUUGCCAAAAUAGUCUAGACAUCGGAUGGACGCCCGGCAGGUAUCCUCAAAGGUAAGUCCGGAUCGGCCAAGUACGCCUACGGCUAGAACCAGAGAAGUCGUGAACAGCCAAGAAACCA